AGAAUUGCUUUAACUUUAUUUUUUAAAUGGUAAUGGUCCGGUGAAGUCGAUAAUUUGUCUCGUGAAUAUUGGAAUCCAUACAUUGAUGGUUAAUCUCCAUCUUAAAGCAAACAUACGGAUUAAUUUUUCUAGUGAUGGUCAUACUCUGCAGGCUGCAGGGAGAACAGGGAAAACCUUAUUGAUGAAUCCUCAAAAAGCGUUCAAAAAAAAGGAUACUCCACACAAAAGUUAUUACCUGGGCUUUAACAAAAAAAAUGACAAGGUGAACAAUGAGAGAACAAUUAUGAAAAAAUCAGGGAAUGCAACGGAUUUAAUUCCUGGCCCGUCGGCCCUCAAAUUCAAUACUUUUCCAAGGAUAAAGCAUAUUAAAAAAGAAAGCUCUGCCCCUGAAUGCUUCUUCUGCAAAGAAAAGAGCGAGGUUUUUGAGUGUCCUUGGUGCCGCGGUGUACAUACCUGUUCCCGUCAUUCUGAUGUACAUAGGAAAAAAUCAAAAUGUUUUCCAUUUCGUCUCAAACAUUUCCCAAUCAAAGGUCGUGGUUUGGUUGCCUCCAGAUAUAUUCGGAAAGGAGAUACUGUACUACUGGAUACUGCAGCACUUGUAGGGCCUGGAGUAAUUACAACUCCUGUAUGCUGUUCGUGCCUAGCUCCAGCCAAACCCUCAAAUCCUAGAUUCUGCUCUAAAUGUUCUCUACCUGUGUGUGAUACUACAUGUGAGGAGAGUGCGGUACACCAAGAGGAGUGUAAACUGCUGGUUGACAAUAAAGUUCGUGUAAAAAUAGAGGAUUACAAUCAACCUGUUCCUCUACUCUCCUUUAUCACUCCAUACAGACUUCUCAUGCUAAAAGAAAAUGAUCAGAGCGCUUGGGAUAGAGUUGCAAGCUUAAAGGAUCAUCUUCAGGAGCGAGUUGGCCUAGUAGAGUUUGACAUGUUUCAAAAGGAUGUUGUUCAAUUCCUACGGCGAAGAUGUUUCUUAAGCUCCAAGUUGACAGAAGAAGAAAUCCAUCGUGCUAUUGGGAUAAUCAUGGUGAACAGUGUAUCAUUAGAACCAAGAAGAUUAUUUGCUGGGCCUCCAAAAGGACUCCAGGGAAAAGGAAUAUUUCCAAUAUUUGCCCUGUUGAACCAUAGCUGUGUAUCCAACUGCAAGUUCAGAAUUGAUAUUCAGGAUGACGGAACACCUUUGGUUAGAGUGACUGCAAGAAGAGAUAUAGAGGAAGAUGAAGAGAUUACAGUACAGUAUUAUAGUUCUUUGCUGGGUACACAUAAACGGCGGCGACGAAUACGAAGUGAAUGGUAUUUCAGCUGUGAAUGCGCCAGGUGUAGGGAUAAGACUGAACUUGGUACCAUGGUUUCUGCUGUAGUUUGUGAAGCAUGUGAGUCUGGAUAUCUUUUACCAAGAAAUCCUCUUGAUGAGCUAGAGGACUGGAGUUGUAGCAACUGUGAGUUCUUCCUGGAAGUCCCAGACCUAGAACUGAAAAUUGACCAAUUAGAGGAGGAUGUAAACCUACUCUCCUCCAGACGAGAUACUGAAAAACUGCGAAGAUUUAUCGACGAAGUUUCUGGAAGUAUUCUUCAUCCAAACCAUUAUUUAAUUCUUCUAGCAGAGAGAAAUCUAGAUUAUAUAAUCAGGAAGAAUUUGAUCAACAAAAUGGCGACGGAUGGAAGUUUAUGGAGCGUAAAACCUGGCUCCUCGAACCAAAAUAGCAGCUUUAGAACGGUACGCAGCAAUGGCACAUGCAAUCGCGAUAAAUCAGACCAAAGUGAAGAAAAAAUCUAUCAAAUAAUAUCUAAAAUAUUAAUGUGUGACGAUAAAUGAUUAAAUAAAUGUAACA